CUUCACCCUAGCGAAAGGAAAAGCAAAUAAUCCCAUGGAGGAUUAUCAUGUUGCAAAGUUUGCCCAGCUUCGGGAACAUGAACUCGGACUUUUUGCUAUAUAUGAUGGCCAUUUGGGAGAUAGUGUACUAUGUUAUCUGCAAAAGCAUUGGUUUUCCAAUAUCUUAGAGGAUGAGGAAUUCUGGACUGAUCCUGGCAGGUCCAUUUCUAAAGCUUAUGAGAAGACAGACCAAGCAAUUCUCUCACACAAUCUUGACUCGGGUCGAGGGGGAUCCACUGCUGUCACUGCAAUUUUGAUAGAUGGGCAGAAAUUAUGGGUUGCCAAUAUUGGAGAUUCGCGUGCUGUUCUCUCAAAGAAAGGGCAGGCGAAACAGAUGAGUAUUGAUCAUGAGCUGAACACAGAGCGCGGAAGCAUCGAGAACAGAGGUGGCUUUGUCUCAAUCAUGCCAGGGGAUUUUGCGAGAGUCAAUGGACAACUUGCUGUUUCUCGCGCUUUUGGAGACAAGAAUCUUAAAUCACACCUCCGAUCCGAUCCGGACAUAAAAACUGCUGAUAUUGACUCGGAUACCGAACUUCUCAUCCUUGCAAGUGAUGGACUAUGGAAGGUCAUGUCCAAUCAAGAAGCCGUCGAUAUUGCGAAAAAGGCAAAGGAUCCUCUGCGAGUAGCUAAACAACUAAUGGCCGAGGCAUUGAACCGAGACAGUAAAGAUGACAUCUCCUGUAUUGUAGUUCGUUUCAAGGGUUAAAUGCGAAUCCGGAAACACGACGGAAGAACAGUUCCUCGAUGGCAUAAAAUACGACUCAAUGGGUAAACACCAACUAGCAAUCACAUCAGAAAAUGCAUAAUAAUUAACGGUUGGUGUACGUUAACGUCAUUGUAUGUUAUGCUUUGUUUUUUGUUUUUGCUCGAAUUAGUACAUCGAUAGCAUACCUUCAAUAAAAAAAUUAGU